UAAGGAUAUACUAGUACUAAAAUUUGCAAUUACAAAAUGGAGGUAGUUAACUUGUUAUCAAUUAUCAUGUCCAGUGAGUAGACUGCAACCCUCUUUUCUUCUUCUUCUUGGGAAACUCCUCUGUUUUAGUCUUUUAAUUAUAACAGCAUAGCAGUAUAGCAUACCUUUUUCUUUUCUGGAGCUUAACAGCUGAAACUCCUCCACUGCUGGACUGAUGGCCGAGGUGACUACUUCUGUCAUGCACGAGGUCCUAGGCGGGCGGCUACAAGACGUGGACCAGCCAAUUGUCGACUACAUCAUCAACGUACUUGCUGACGAGGAUUUCGACUUCGGCGUCGAUGGAGACGGUGCUUUCGAAGCCAUCGGCGACCUCCUCGUCGAAUCCGAUUGCGUCUAUGACUACUCUGAAUGUCGCAGGGUAUGUAGCAAAUUGUCUGAAAAACUCGAGAAGCAUGGGUUGGUGAAACCAAAACCUUCUGUAAGAAGCUUGAAAGCACCACUGAGAAUGUUUGAUGGGAUGGAUGAAGAGGAAGCUCCUAAAAAGAAGCCCGAGCCAACUGAUGGCCCUCUGCUGACUGAGCGUGACAAAAUUAAGAUUGAGAGGAGGAAGAGAAAAGAGGAGCGACAAAGAGAGGCACAGUAUGAAGAUCAUUUAAGAGAGAUGGAAGCUGUCAGAGCCGGGAUGCCUGCUAUUUGUGUAAACCAUGACGUUGUGGAUGGGGCAGCAAUCAAGGAUAUACAUAUGGAGAAUUUCAACAUAUCAGUUGGUGGCCGUGAUCUCAUCACUGAUGGAACUGUGACACUUUCAUUUGGACGACACUACGGGCUAGUUGGACGCAAUGGAACUGGAAAAACAACAUUCCUUAGGUACAUGGCUAUGCAUGCCAUAGAUGGUAUUCCUAGGAACUGUCAGAUAUUACACGUGGAGCAGGAGGUUGCUGGUGAUGAUACUUCAGUUUUGCAAUGUGUCCUUAAUUGUGAUGCUGAAAGAACCCGACUAUUGGAAGAAGAAAGUCGGCUACUUGAGUUACAGAGAGAUAUCGAUCUAGAAGGUGAAGUUGGAAAGAGCAAUGGGGAAUCAGAAAAAAAUGCUAUUGCACAAAGGCUUGAGGAGAUAUACAAAAGGCUUGAGCUUAUCGAUGCUUACUCUGCUGAGUCACGUGCAGCAUCCAUCCUUGCGGGCCUCAGUUUUUCCACAGAAAUGCAAAAGAGGGCGACAAAAACAUUUUCGGGAGGAUGGAGGAUGAGAAUAGCACUUGCACGAGCAUUGUUUAUUGAACCUGACUUACUACUGCUUGAUGAACCAACGAAUCAUCUUGAUCUUCAUGCUGUCCUGUGGCUUGAGACUUACCUGGUGAAGUGGCCGAAGACAUUUAUAGUAGUUUCUCAUGCUAGAGAAUUUUUGAACACUGUUGUCACCGACAUUAUUCAUCUUCAAAAUAGGAAACUCAUUACCUAUAAAGGAAACUAUGAUACAUUCGAGAGAACUAGAGAAGAACAGCUUAAAAACCAACAUAAAGCAUUCGAGGCAAAUGAACGUUCCAGGGCCCACAUGCAGACAUUCAUUGAUAAGUUCCGCUACAAUGCAAAGCGUGCAUCCCUUGUUCAAUCAAGAAUCAAGGCGCUUGAUAGGAUGGGUCAUGUAGAUGAAGUUUUCAAUGACCCUGAUUACAAGUUUGAAUUUCCUUCUCCUGAUGACCGGCCAGGGGCUCCGAUUAUAAGUUUCAGUGAUGCAUCUUUUGGAUAUCCUGGGGGGCCAAUAUUGUUCAAGAAUUUAAAUUUUGGAAUUGAUUUGGACAGCCGCGUUGCAAUGGUUGGUCCAAACGGAAUUGGAAAGUCAACCAUAUUGAAACUAAUUUCCGGUGAUCUUCAACCAACCUCAGGAACAGUGUUCCGUUCUGCUAAGGUACCUUGUAAUUCUCUUAUUCAAUUUGCCACCUGCGGUUUCUUGCCUUCUUCAGUGUAGUGUGUGAGGUGUGUCAUACUUUAUUACAACCAUAUUGAGCCUUGGUCCCAAAAGAUUUUGGGGUUGACUAAUAUGAAUCGAUACAUGAUAUAUUGAAUUAUUGAUAUCGGAGGCAAAAAGAAAACAACGAUAAGAAAGAUAAAAAGAUAAGAUAAGAUAAAAAAGUAAAAAAAGAUUAGAUAAAGAUAAAUAUAAGAUAAAGAUAAACAUGAUAAGAUAAAAAAGGUAAGAAUAUAUAUAUAUAUAUAUAUAUAUAUAUAUAUAUUCAUAGUAUAAUUUGUAUAUAUAUAAUUAAAAGGAUAAAAGGAUAAAGACAUAAGAAAGAUAAAGAAGAUAAAAAGAUAAAAAAGAUGACUAGAGAUUAAUCUUCCACAAAUAUUCACCCUCCAUUUUGCUCUUCAAACCCAUACUCUCAUCCAACCCAAGAAGAAGCAUACCACACCUGGCUCCUUUAAUCCAUGCUCGUCUAGCAGGUGCAUCACUCGGUCUUCUACGUACAUGACCAACCAAACCACCGUACUCGAGACCCCCACAUCUUAUCUUCAAUAGGUACGGAUCGCUGUAUUUAGCCAGCACCAUGUUGAUGGAUUAGACCUGACUUCAAAUCCCUUGCUUUAUAUGAUGCGCUGCUUCCCUGGUGUACCUGAACAGAAACUUCGUUCUCACCUAGGUUCCUUUGGUAUCACUGGAAAUCUUGCCCUUCAACCAAUGUAUACAUUAUCUGGGGGGCAGAAAAGCAGAGUUGCAUUUUCAAAAAUCACUUUCAAGAAGCCUCACAUUUUACUUCUUGACGAGCCAUCAAAUCACUUGGACCUGGAUGCUGUCGAGGCACUAAUACAAGGACUCGUUUUGUUCCAAGGAGGUGUUCUGAUGGUAAGUCACGAUGAACAUCUAAUAUCGGGCAGUGUAGAGCAGUUGUGGGCCGUAUCAGAUGGCAGGGUGACACCCUUUGAUGGAACAUUCCAGGAUUACAAGAAGCUACUCCAAUCAUAAUAGAAUUGUGCCAUGUAUUUGCUUGCAAAAAUGUUUGUCCUGCGAGGCUGCGAAUGGUCAAUCCCCCUGCCAAAAACGAAGCUUAGCCAAAGUAUGGAAGGGAUCAUCUUUUGAAUCAGCAAUUUGCAGCGGCAUUCAAUGUGAAGCAGUACACGUAAAAGUGAUAUUUAUUGCGCCAUUGUAUGGUUUGCACGGCCAAUCUUCG